UUUUUUUCUUUUUUUGUUUAUUUAUCAAACCUCGGUUACUUUUUUUACACAUUUACAUUGUUUUAGAGUUAAAUUAUUCUAAUUCGAUGGGAAAAACUUCAAAGGACAAAAGAGAUAUUUAUUAUCGCUUAGCAAAAGAAAAGGGUUGGCGAGCACGUUCAGCAUUUAAACUUUUACAACUAGAUGAAUCAUUCAAUGUUUUUAAAGAUGUGACUCGCGCUGUUGAUCUGUGUGCCGCUCCGGGAUCCUGGAGUCAACAACCAAUGUCAGCACUUCCCGGAGUUAUUCAAAUCCAAGGAGAUAUAACAGAGGAUGCAACAGCUGAAAAAAUUAUUUCUCAUUUUGAUGGCCAACUAGCACAAUUGGUUGUUUGUGAUGGAGCUCCGGACGUAACUGGUUUGCAUGCCUUCGAUGAAUAUCUUCAAAGCCAGUUGGUUUUCUCUGCUUUCAACAUAACUUCUUGCAUAUUAACUCCAGGGGGAACAUUUAUUUCUAAGAUUUUCCGUGCAAAAAACGUCAACAUAAUUUAUGCCCAAAUGAGCCAGUUCUUCAAAGAAGUAAAUUGUUGUAAACCAAAGAGCAGUAGACAGUCAAGUUGUGAAGCUUUUAUAAUCUGUCAAAAGUAUUCCCCGCCUGAAGGAUAUGAACCAACUUUGUGUAAUCCUAUUUUGUCAGCAAGUUAUUAUGACUGUAUUUCUUCUCUAAAAUCUCCUACAAAUAGAGCUUUGGUUCCAUUCAUGGCUUGUGGUGACUUAUCAGGAUUUGACUCUGAUCGAACUUAUCCUCUGGAAUUAAGCAAGAUAUCUGAAAAAUUUUCUGACUGGAAAUAUAUUCCCAGAUCAGUUGUACAACCACCAACAGAGCCAGCUUAUAAAAAAGCCUUGGGACUAAAGAAGGACGGCUCAAUGUUAAAUGUUGAAGACAAACAAUCAAAACAUUUAAACGAAAGAAGAGUAAAUACUAAUUUGAAGGAUGACGAUGAAGUUGUUGAUGAAGAACAAAUAUUUUAUGAUGAAUGCGAUGAAAAUUGUUUAUCGAUUUUAAAUAUUUCUGAUUGA